GACUGAGAGCUACAUGCACACAAGGUUGUCUUUUGAGCCAUCUCAAACAUUAUUUUGUGACUCCCUCCGGACCAGGAAGAUGUCUGCAGCUGUUGCGCUCUUCGUCCUCAUAUGCUUCACUGCCGCCACCCAUGCAGUGCACCAUCAGCCUUGUCAUUCGCCUAAUAUGACCGGAAUCAUGAGUGUGAUGAACCUGAAGGGUGAAACGAAAGCCCUCGGUGCAUUCACUUACGACUCAAUGGGCAAGAAGCUGCGGUUCAGAUCAAACGAGACCUUUCCCACCAACACCUCACUUAGUUUGGACCUGCUGAUGUUUUUUGAAGAGGGAAUAUUCUAUGAGAUUGACAGCAAAAAUCAGAGCUGCGAGAAAAAAGCAUUGCAGUGCACCAUGCACCCUCUAGAUAUUCCAGAUGACGGCAAGUUUAAGGGUAUGGUACAGACUGGGAACCCAUCCAUUGAAGGGGAGGGAAUCAAACUCAAUGUUUGGACAGGACCAAUGCCGGAUACGAAAGGAUACUACUACAUGUUUUCAACCAUGGGAUGUUUGCCUGUAACCACAAUGUACUUCAGAGAUUCCACACCAUUGAUAUUCAGCCAAAUGAACAUUGAAAACGAGAUCAAGGAUCCCGAUCUCCUCGUGGUGCCAUCUUUCUGCCAGGGACAGUCUGUGGAGGAGACACCUGAAGGGACAGUAAACAGUUUCCUCAACGAGUUCAUUUAGAUGAAGGCUCGCCAGGAGAAAAAUCAAACCCUUAUCCAUUGCGGCCUGCCAGAACAUUAGACCUUUCUCUCCUUUUUACGUAUAACGCAAGUUUUUUCAUGUGACACUGCACUGCAUCACAUCUGUCUCCAUCACAACUGUGAAGAUACAGUAUGGCUUUGAACGGAUCAUACUGUAUACAUACAUUUUGACGUAAAGGAAAAAAAAAGAUACAACAUGGAAUAUAGAUAUAGUCCUAAUUACUAACAGUUGGUUGCUUUUCGUGUUGGUACUGCUUACAAAACCUGUAAGAUAUAAUUAAUGGAACAAUAAAAUGUCAAAGCUGUAAAA